AUGGGCUUCCUAUACGGUCAGUUUCUGCUGCUCUGCGCGGCCGCCCUCAUAGUAUCUGGAGCGUUUGCCAAAGAUGGAGGCAGCGAGGCCGACAGGUGGCCCAGGCAGGGCCUCCCGGUGCUGCUGGACACGCACACACAGCUGUUAAACACCCUGUCGUUCAGAGGGCAGGAGGAGGAUGGGGAGAAAGCAAGUGCAAAGACACUCUGUGGGAUUGAGUGUCAAGAAAAGUUACCACCAGUUGACCAGACGGAGCAAGAGAGGAUUCUGGGAUACGAGACAAUGUAUGAGAACGGUACACGCACGCAUACCGAUAUCAGCUUGCAAGGUUUUGACAACACUACUGCAGGUAUGCCAGCCCACUCAGAGAUCCACACAAGAAGGAAACGACAGGUUUACGGAACAGACGGGCGUUUCGUGAUCUCCGACUCACAUUUUAUCACCAACUACCCAUUCUCCACCGCUGUUCGUCUCUCCACCGGAUGCUCUGGAGUCUUGGUGUCCCCACAGCACGUGCUGACAGCGGCACACUGCAUCCACGACGGCGCCGGCUACCUGGAGAGUGCCAAGAGGCUCAGAGUAGGAGUGCUGCAGCUCAAAGCCAAAAGAAGAAGAGGAGGGAGGAGGAGAGGGGGGCGACAGAGGGAUGGGAGGAGAGGAGAGGAGAAGACGAUGGAGGAGGGUGAGGAGCAUAACAGUUUAGAUGGAGAUGUGGCAAGAGGCAGAAAUGGGAGACGCAGAGGAAGAAGGGUGGAAGGUCACUUGGAAGCUGGGGCUGGAAAUAUUGAAAGAGUAGGAAAACGAAAAGGCCCCAGCCGCGUCGGACGCAGCGUCGAAUCCAGAAAGCAACCCGUCUUCCGUUGGACUCGAGUCAAACAAACCCAAAUCCCUCAAGGAUGGAUCCACGGCAAGGACUCCACCAACUCCGCCUCUUCUGACUACGACUACGCUCUUCUGGAGCUAAAACGACAAGUCAAGCAGAAGCCCAUGGCCCUCGGUGUGGCUCCAUCCACUACUCCGCUGGCACGGAUCCACUUCUCAGGCUACGACGCAGACAAAAGCCUGCUGGACGGGCAAGGGGACGAGAAGGUGGUUUACCGUUUUUGCUCAGUGACAAAGGAGUCCGACAACCUGAUGUACCAGCGGUGCGACGCACAGCCCGGGGCGACAGGCGCUGGCGUUUAUGUUCGUCUGAGGCAGGAGGCGGGAGAUGAAGGCGGGAAAGGGAAGUGGCAGAGGAGGGUGAUCGGGGUGUUCUCGGGCCAUCGGUGGGUGGAGGUGGAGGGAGGUGAGCUGAGGGACUUUAACGUUGCCGUGAGGAUCACUCCGGCCAAAUACGCCCAGAUCUGCCACUGGAUCCACGGAGACCCAAGUCUCUGUAAAGAGGUCUGAACUUCCAGAGCAAUGGAUCUCCA